CGACGACGGCGCCGCCGACGACGACGACGACAACGACCGAAAACGACCGCUUCUUUCUGCCCGCGGAGCGCGCCUCUUCGUGCGCGGGGGGGGGGGCCGCGAGCGCCCGAGCCAGCGGGGUGUUGGGGCAGGGCAGGGCGGCGGCUGGAGGGAAGGGGAGGGGCCGAGAUGGAGGUGGUGGAGACUGCACUUGUGUCUAGUUCUGAGGAUAAAAACACAAGCAACCUCUUGAGGACAUCACAGGGAGUCCACAAGCUCGGCGCAGGUGCCUGCUUCAGCGACGUUGUGCCGCCAAAGGCCAGCGACGACCUCGUUCAGGGUGAGGCCCAGCACGCGGCGCUUUCCAGACAGGAACUCCUUGACGAUUGCCUCCAUGCGAAGCGAAAUGUCGUUCGAGAGGUCGGCCACGUUCGUGCGGAUGAAGCCGAAAAGAGGGUUUCCUUCAGAUAGACCCUGUCCAGCACGAGCUCCUUUAGCAGGAACGGCUCCAAUUCUGCCCCCCCCGCCCCGUCGCGACAGGCCGCGGUCACGGCGACGCGCACCCUCCUGUCCGGCUCGCAGCAGCCGUCGGUGUUGUCGAACAGCACGUCGCACUGGCCGAAGUAGCACUUCUGGAUGCGCAUGGACAGGGUGAGGUUCUGGAUCACCCCGUCGAGGACGAUCUGCACGGGCCGCUCGGCGUCGGAGGACCUCACGCCCGCGCGGAGAUCAGGCGGACGGUGUCCACGCCGGUGGCCCAGCGGACCAUCACGUCCACACCGUAGGUCUCGUCGGUGGCCUCGGCCAGCGCGCCGUGGCCGCCGGGGCGGCACGGCUCCGGGGCGCCCGCGCGCCGCCGGCAGUCCCCGAUGCUCCUCGGCAGCUGGGCCGCCAGCGCCCGGUUGCCCAGCUCCGCGGCCCGCUGGAGGACCUCGUCCUGAGGGAGGGGAGACUGGGUCAGUCAAUCAAUCGGAAGCGCCGUGUCUGCACGACACAUAGGCUGCAGAAUGCCGGUUGGAGGCGUAUGUCAAAGCCAGGGCACAGCAAGUAAAAACAGUUCGGGAAAGUAGCGUCCCAGCUGGCGAUUAUCUUCAGAGCUAACUCGGGUCGGAGUAGAUGGGGCCAGAGAUCAGGCCGCACCGCCGAUGCAUCGCCGAUG